AUGAUUGAUAUUUUCAGAAGUAUUCAGACUUUGAUUAAAUUAGGAACUGUUCAUACCGACAAUAAUGUAUUUAAGUUACAUUAUAAAAUUACUGUAAUGUUGUUAGCGGGGUUCUCCAUAUUAUUAACAAGCAAACAGUAUUUUGGAGAACCCAUUGAUUGCGAUGUAGAACAAAGAAAAGACAUUAUAGAUACAUUUUGUUGGAUACAUGGAACUUUUAUUGUGGAAGAAAAUUUAGGUGAUUCCCGUGUACCUGGUUUGGGACUAAUUAGUUCCAAAGCAAAUGAGCCUCACGGGAAAGAUAGCCCUACGUCUCGUCAAACUUAUUACCAAUGGAUUUGUCUAAUUUUUGGAUUCCAAGCAGUUCUUUUUUAUUUGCCCAGAUAUUUAUGGAAAGCUUGUGAAGCAGGAAGGCUGAAAGAACUUGUAGGAGAGUUUGGAGGGCCACUUGUUUCUGAUAAAUGGAAUCCAACCGAAAGGGAUAAAUUAAUGGCAAAUUUCUUAGGAAGUACAUAUAUACACAAUAUGUAUACAUUUAGGUACUGCUUUUGUGAAGUCCUCAAUAUGUUAAAUGUGAUAGCAAACAUCUAUUUCAUGGACUGGUUGGUAACAGGAGAAUUCUCUGCAUAUGGAAUAAACCAUGCUACUUAUAAAACUAUUAAUCCCAUGAACAGAGUUUUUCCAAAAAUCGCUAAGUGUACCUAUUACAAAUACGGACCUUCCGGAGAUGUUCAACUUUUGGAUGCUCUCUGUAUACUACCUCUAAAUGUAUUAAAUGAAAAGGUCUUCCUUAUCCUGUGGUACUGGUUUUAUCUUUUAUUAAUUAUUUCUGUGUUAUGUGUUGUCUACAGGGGACUGUUUGUAUUUCUUCCUUCAUUUAGGACAUACCUGUUAAGAGCUCAAACUCGAAAAAUGGAUAGAAAAAAAGCAGAGUUUAUUAUUGAGAAAAUCUCCUAUGGAGACUUUUUUGUAUUGUACAAAUUCGGCAAAAACGUCAAUCCGGUUUUGUACAAAGAUAUUGUUAAUUCUUUGUAUGAACAGCUAUUUUCUAGAUAUCAGUACAGAAUACAAGACAUUUAAAAAAAUAGAACGGAAGAUAGUAGUAUGAAUGGACUGUUAUAAUUCCAGAAAUAUCAAUCAUAAACUUACAUUUAACUGUUCUAACAGUUUCAUAUCCAGUAGUAAUUUAUCUUCUUUUAGAGUAUUGACAUCAGUGGAGAUUGGUAAGAUACUACAUGAGACCAAACCAUACUUUCGAAAAGUGUUUUUCGAUUUAUUUCGAUACAAUACCUAUUAUUCCUAAGCUAUUAUAUUGUUUAGCUAUCUGGUAUGCAUUUUCCUGUAGAUUUUUUACUUCUAUCGUCACCUGUAGCGUUUUUCUCAAA